AUGCCCUGCUGCCCGCCGCCGCUGCUCGGAGUCGGGCCGCGGCUGCGCUCCUUCCUCCGCGACUACGACGCGCUCCAGUCCCUCGCCCUCGCACUCAUCUACCUCCAGAUUGUUUGUGCGCUGAUCGGAUCACUUGGGGCAUUGUUCAAUGGGGUUCUUGUGAUCAACCUGGUGAUUGGUCUAUUUGCUGUUGUUGCAAUUGAGAGCAGUAGCCAGAGACUUGGCCGGACAUAUGCUGUCCUUCUCUUCUUUGCUGUCGUCCUUGACGUUGCUUGGUUUAUACUCUUCUCACAUGCUAUCUGGACUAUUACUCCUGAUGAGAAGUAUGGUCAACUUUUUGUUUUCUCACUCAGACUAGCAUUGUGGAUGCAAAUCAUUGGGUUUUCAGUCAGGUUUUUGUCUUCGUUCUUAUGGAUUCAGAUGUAUAGGUUAGGGGCUUCUUCCACCACGCCAACAUAUUUUGAAACCAACCAUGAAGCAAGAAAUAGUUUCUUAAGCUCUAGAUCUGAUUCAGUUAGACGGAGUUCCAUGGCAGAUGAUAUAUUGGGAGGUUCAAUCUAUGAUCCUUCUUACUACUCGUCACUGUUCGAGGAUGUUCGAAACAAUGCAUGCAAUCAUCAGGUGCAGGGUGAUAAACAAAGUGGUAGUAAUGACAGUGGUUCAACAUCUGCGGGCCAGUCUCCACGACUUAAAUCUUUUGCUUGUAGAUCUCUUCUGGCUAAUGAUAUGGAAAGUGGACUAAGAAGACCAUUGAACUCCUAG